AUGAUUGCUCGAUUCACCAAUCUCAUUCUGGUAGUGAUUGGUAUCGCCACUGGCGUUCUAUCGUACAAGCUGUCGUCAGACGAUGGACAAGCAGACAUCGGAGCCUACCACGUCCAACCUGGUCGAUGUGCUUCCGUCGAACGUCGCCUGGGCCGUACAAAAUACGAUUACUUCUUUCACUCAGACCCUACUAUCACCUCUUUCACUCCCGGCACCCCUUCCAAUCCCUCACCUCCACCGCCUCCUAGUAACGGCGAAGCAGGAUCAGGUAUCGAACAAAUGGACGCGACCGCACUCUGCUCCUUCAACCCUGAACUAACCCAAGGUUACGGAGGAGGAUUCGACGAGAUGAAGCUCUACCUUGUCUACUCUCGCUGUCUAUACGGUACAGAAACGAUGCGUGUAUUGUGUGGCACCACGAAUGCCCAUGGGAAGCCUAUUGCUAGUUAUAACGUGGUUCAAGCGACUUGUCCAGCAGGAACGAAAUGUAAGAAUUUUUGUGCGACGAUGCAGAAUCCUUCCCUUACCAGUCCAUUUGCUGCGAAACAAGUGCAGCUGGCUCAAUGUCUUCCGAUUGAUCAGUGGCAGAAGCUGACGGAUAUGUACAAGCCGAAAUCCCCGCCGUCGCUCUCUAAUGCUGCUCCCGGUGGCGGCGGGAAUAGAGCGGAUGCCAAAGUGGAUCCGAAAGUGGUGGAGAAAGUACCCGAAGGUGAUCCGACAAAAGAUCCAACGCAUGUCGAUAAAGAUGGUACUAUUGCUGGGAAAGUUCUCUUUCCCGCGCAUGCUUCUCCGAAAACCGAUGACAAGGCUCCACCUUCACCUCCAUCGAAGAAGGAAGAGCAGGAACCUGCACCUUCGCCGCAGCGAGAUGCACAGCAAGGGAAAAAACCAAUUACAGUGGGACAUCUACAGGUCGGUGCUGGAUCCGCUCCCAAGCCCGACCCAAAGAAACCGGAGCCACCUGCGGCUGCGAAUCCGAAGGGAGAUUUCGGGCCCCUCGCUGCCGGACAUGGCCCUACAAACCCUAUCUUGCCACUGGAACCAUCAGGUCAGAACCCACAACGACUAUUGGAGCGCCAGAAAGCUCCCACGGAGAUGGGCUUCUAG